AUGCCAGCCGAACAAACCUUCCACAUUCCAUCGGACUUCUCCAGAAUUCCAAUUGAAUUCGUGGCUCUCCAGGACACUGGAGCUGUUCUCACCCAUAGUCGCAAAGGGUUUGUGGCAGUUGGAGAGAGGAAAACUGAAGUUCCAGUGGUUGACUUCGUUGACUCUCCAGAGGUUGGAGUCCUUGAGAACACCUUCACUAUGCAAUGGCAAGCGAUCGGAAACACUACACAAGUUCAUUUCACUGGUACCGGAGGAUCAUUGGCUGGAGGUGAAGGAAAUCCAGGAGUUCUGAUCAUUGACGAUGAAAUGAUCAAAGUGAAUCUUCUCCAAAAGAGAAUCGACGGAUCAUUCUACUUGGAAGCCAACGAAGAUUUCUUGAUGAUUGUAGCAAAGUCAAAGGCAAAUGGAUCACCUGAUGUGGAGACUCUUCAAGCAUCCCAGUUCCCAGCCAGCGGGGUCAAACUUCCAAUCGGCUACUGGCACUCAGUGCCAUUCCCAAUCCCAGGAGCCGGAAAACUUCAUUUGGUUGAGUUGGUGGCCAAGACAGACAAAAAUGCCGUUAUCAAUGUUGCCGAGACCACUGGUGCCCCACUCAGGAUCCCAAUCAAGACUGUAGUGGAUGACGAUGAGCAAAAUGACUCAGCAUAA